AGGGAGGCAGUUAUUACUCAACACGACCCGAAGAAGCAGCUCCAGAAAGACUUGGUUGGUUGUUUGUUUGCGAAGACAAGGCUGAAGGAUGAAACUGUUUCUGUUUCUGCUCGUCUCCUGCCUCGCCUUAAUACACGCAAAGGGAACGCCCACGACAGCUGUAUAUAAGUUUGUGCGAUGUAACCCCAACGGUGACCAGGCGAACUGUGUGGUUCAGCAGACUCCUAAGAUGCCGUGGAGCCCAGAGCUACCUUCCAAGCUGCCUGCCUCCACUGCACAGCAUCUAGAGGCAGAACCUGUGGAAGGGGAAAGUCCACCAAAUGAGGAUGAAGAUGACUAUGAAACUGAGGUGGAAGAGGAGGAAACGCCAAUGGAGAGUGAAGACGGAGAGUCACCUUCAGUAGGGGAAGAAAGUUUUGGUAGCCUUGAAGGUUCUGCAGAUGGGGCAACCCCAGUUGAAAUCGACAUGGGCUCGGGGGACUCUGGAAUAGAGACAGCUGAGCGGAAAGAUGGCGAAAUGAGCAAAAUGAAGACAUUGUUUUCAAGCAUGAAGGCGAUGAAACCUACAAAGAAAGACCUGGAAGAAGACCACCUUCUGAAGAUGUAAACUCUUUCAAAAGGCUGCGAUCUAUUUAAACUCUGCAACAGUUAGCAAAACUUAUAUCUCCACCUGCUGGGAAAAACCUGGUCACACAGGGCUACAUAUUCCUAUUGGAUUUCUCUGUGUAAUUUUUUGGAAAUAACUUUCUUUAAUUUAAAAAAUUUGACAGAUAACACCAAACAUACCAAAGGAUUGAGAGGCCAGAAUUAAUUUGAUUUACCAUACUUAUCCAUGACCAGUAUUUUUUUGUAUUGUUUACCUUUUUAUGUGUAAAGUAAUUUUUUCAAAAUUACUUUGUAACAUAAAUUGAAAUACGAAUUUCAAAUUAUAGUAUUAAUUGUGCAAUAAAAUAUAUACGUUUGUAUGUGGUUAGCUUGCUUAUUACAGUUUAAAGCUGUUUUGAUUUGCAAGUUGCACAAGAGCUUCUUCAUAUCACCGCAUCCCCUUUUCUUAAAUCUUGUGACUUUUUACAUGAAGAGGAAAUGUUGCAUAUUCUGAUCACAAGACUUGAUGUGUGGCGCAAACACCCAAAAGACUGCUACUCCACCAUUGUGAACUAUGAACACAGUGUGUAAAAUGAAAAUGAGGGCAUUUAACACGUGCAUUUGAAACAUUUAUACCAAUAAACUAUUUUAAAAAUAA